GCAGAGAGUCGCUGUUUGGUAUUAGUUUUCCUUCUCUUUGCUAUCAUUUCCCUUUUCCUGGAGAGCCGGACGCUGCGCGGCGGUAGCGAGUCAGUAUUUCCCCCGGUGCAUCGCUCCCCCCCCUCCCCCAGUAACAAGAUGGCGGUGUCGGUGUUUCCCGGCGUGAGGCUCCUCUCCAUCGGCGACGCAAAUGGAGAAAUCCAGCGGCACUCGGAGCAGCAGCCGCUGAAACUGGAGGUGAAGUCCACGCAAGAGGCUGCGCUGAUCGCGCUCUCCAGCAGUGAGCAGGUCUGUGUGUUCAAGUGUUCGGUCUCUCGAGAGACGGAGUGCAGUCGGGUUGGUAAACAGUCCUUCAUCAUCACCCUGGGCUGCAACAGCGUCCUCCUCCAGUUCUCCUCCCCGAACGAUUUCUGCUCAUUUUACAACAUCCUGAAGAACUGCCGGGGCCACAGUGAGGAGCAGUCUGUGUUCACCGAGCGCACAGAGGAGUCCUCCGCAGUGCAGUACUUCCAGUUCUACGGCUACCUCUCUCAGCAGCAGAACAUGAUGCAGGACUACGUUCGGACCGGAACCUACCAGCGAGCCAUCCUGCAGAACCACAUAGACUUCAAGGACAAGGUGGUGCUCGAUGUCGGCUGUGGCUCGGGGAUCCUGUCCUUCUUUGCUGCUCAGGCCGGCGCUCGCAAGGUUUACGCGGUGGAGGCGAGUUCGAUGGCUCAGCAUGCUGAGCUCCUGGUGAAGAACAACAACCUGACGGAUCGCAUCCUGGUGAUCUCUGGGAAGGUGGAGGAGGUGAAUCUCCCGGAGCAGGUUGACAUGAUCAUCUCGGAGCCCAUGGGAUACAUGCUGUUCAACGAGAGGAUGCUGGAGAGCUACUUGCACGCCAAGAAGUUCCUCAAACCCAACGGUAACAUGUUCCCCACGAUCGGCGACGUUCACCUGGCUCCCUUCACAGACGAGCAGCUCUACAUGGAGCAAUUCACCAAGGCCAACUUCUGGUAUCAGCCCUCGUUCCACGGCGUGGACCUGUCUGCUCUUCGUGGCGCUGCUGUGGAUGAGUACUUCAGGCAGCCCAUCGUGGACACGUUUGAUAUCCGCAUCCUGAUGGCCAAAUCAGUGAAAUACACAGUCAACUUCCUGGAGGCAAAAGAGGAUGACCUGCACAGGAUAGAGAUCCCCUUCAAGUUCCACAUGAUGCACUCUGGACUGGUCCAUGGACUGGCCUUCUGGUUCGACGUGGCUUUCAUCGGCUCAGUGGUGACAGUGUGGCUCUCCACGGCCCCCACAGAGCCCCUCACUCACUGGUACCAGGUCCGCUGUCUUCUCCAGUCCCCCCUCUUUGCCAAGGCAGGAGACACGCUGUCCGGAACGGCCCUGCUCCUCGCAAACAAGAGGCAGAGCUAUGACAUCAGCAUUGUAGCUCAGGUUGACCAGACUGGUUCUAAAUCCAGCAACUUGCUGGACCUGAAGAACCCCUUUUUUAGGUACACUGGCGCCACCCCCUCCCCCCCUCCCGGAUCCCACUACACCUCCCCCUCCGAAAACAUGUGGAACACAGGGGGGGGCUACGGCAUGAGCCAAGGGAUGCCUGGAGCCUAUGACCUCAGUGGUGUUAUUCCCAGUGGAUCAACAGUCGGCCACAACAACCUCAUCCCACUGGCGAACACAGGGAUUGUGAAUCACACACACUCCAGGAUGGGAUCCAUCAUGAGCACGGGAAUCAUGCAGGGUAACUCCAGCGGGCAGGCGGGCCCCAGCACCAGCGGGGGCCACUACCCCAUCAACAACCAGCAGUUCACCAUGGGGGGCCCCGCCAUCUCCAUGGCCUCCCCCCUGUCCAUCCCCAGCAACACGAUGCAUUAUGGGAGCUAAGACCUCACUUCCUGUCUCCUCUCCGACCUCUCAACGCCCUUCACCUCUGAACUGACAGCAACAGGAAACCCAAAGAGGCUGCUGCUUCCUGUCUCCGAUUCGGCCCCUCUCACGCAGCGGCCAGCCAGGGCACUGCUCUGAUUGGCUGUAGUCGGGGGAUGUCAUUGCUCUGCACGAUGUCAUCAGUGAGGUCAUCCUCUUUGAGUUUCUAGUUGUUUUUUUUAUUAUUUUUUUUUGUACUCGACUGUCCAGCUGUUUGUAAAGAGAUCACAGCGCUGUCAAUUUCACUGUUUCUAUCUGAAAGUAGAUUACAGUUAUACAAGAAAACACAACUACAUACAUACAUACAUACAUGUAAUGUAUAUGUAUCUCUAAGAAGGGAUUUCUUUCUUAUUAUUUUUCCAAUGCAUUUGAUAAUGUGAGUAAGUGCAGGAAAGUGAGCAGAACUAGUCUGGCAGUCGCGUUUGGUUUUCAUUGUUAGUUUGUAAGAUAGCUGCAGCCCUUCGAAACUGGAAUGCUUUUUAGUAUCCAAUAAAAUAAAUAAAGCAGUUCUGUUGAGUUUCGCUGCUCGCCUUCCUGAUUUCAACACGGCCCUCCGCACACCAACUGCACGCGUGCAAAGCAAUGACAUCACUGCAAACGUGAACCAAUCAGGACCCUGACCUCGAUGCUGUGGGGCAGCUAGGAGAGGAUGUGGGACCCCUCUCCUCUCCUCCCCUCUCUCCUCUCCACACACCCACACAGAGCCAGGACUUUACUGAACUGCAGCAGCACCACCACUUCUCACCACAAGAGGGAGCCACAUUCAAACUCCAGAAGAACACAAACCCGCGCACGAGGGCGACCCGGUUCUGAUGAAAGAAAAGGACGGCCGGGACACUCUUUGUGCUUUAUGUUUUUUUGUUUUUUUUUUAAUGGGAAGUGAAUGCUUGAAUGUAACUGGUUGUUGGGUUUCCCAGUCUGUGCUGGUUUAUUAAUGGGGUAGGUAACGUGUCUGAACCGUGUGAUCAGAAUGUUUUUUCUUUUGGAUUUUCUUUGAUUCUUUGGCAGGGUCGGGGGUCAAUGUUAAUGAUACAUCUCUAACAGUAUUGCGCGGUGCAGAUCAUCCCAGCUCCCUUUUAAAAAGGGCUUGGUUUGUUUCGGGGCUCGUGUGUGUUUAUUAUACAGACCUGGGCGGGGCUGAUGGGAAAGUGGCCUUCAAGCCACACCCUCUUCUCGAUCGUUUCUGGGGUUCAAGCUGUGCCACUGAAAAACAAGACAACCUUUUAAAGGGGAAGUCAUUUUUAACCUCACUAUUAAAAUGUCUUGCACGUCCUUUCCUUUA